AUGGUAAGUGGAACGGGUCCAGCACCGAAUCAGGCCGACACUGUAGCAUUCUGGCGCGGCCUGUGGUCAGAGCCCGUAAACCACAGCGAGGGCCCUUGGACGGAAGUUGUGGCGAGUCAGUGUGCGGACUUACACCACAAAGAUAAAAAGAAAGUGCAUGAUGCUUGGGUAAGGAUCUCCAAUGAAAUGGAGAUUUCUAUUCCUGAUCUCAAAAGAAAGAAAGAAGCUUUAAUGGCCACAUUUAGACAACACUUAAAAAGAAAAAGGCUUCAGUAUCUUCUGGAUGUGGUUAUGAAGACGUAUAUAAACCCAUUUGGGGAAAGAAAACAGAAUGAUCUGUUCGUCUCCAAGAGCCAGACACAAAGAUAUGAACACCCAGUAGUCGAACCUCAAACGUAUGAAACAAUACAAGUGUUAGAUGAACAAGAGAAGCUUGCACGCCCUGCAAAUAUCACCACACAGGAAGGACUUCCAACCCCCUCUAAUAAAAACGUAUUGAAGCGUCGUUCCUCUAACCCUACUGAACUUCAAGAGGCAACCAGGCACAUGAAAAUUGCAUUGGGUACUAUCAAUGCUGUAUUAUCCAACAAAAUGAACCAAGGAGAUGAUGUAUGUGAUCUCUAUGGAAAACUUCUAGCAUCAAAAUUGAAGAAGUAUUUUUCUGAUGUCGAACAACAGGAAGUCAUGUGUGAAUUAGACAAUGUAUUAAUAAAAAGAAUAAGGAAUCGCCAAACACAGAGUUAUAUUUCUUCCCCAAGUACUCCGCGCUCUGUUGAUUCUUUCUCACCUGCAUCACCACUUUAA